UUGUGAUCUUGGUUGUGGUGGCCAUGUCCGACAUCCGACGGUAUGGAUCGUCUGGCGUACACACUGUGGAAGGCAACGUAGCAGGAUCUCUGGCAGCGCAGUUUUCCCGCCAACGGGAGAAGCAAGAGAAGGAAUUUGAAGAGAAAAGGAAGCAGAUCGAGGCAGACAACGCGCGGUCGUCGCGCAUUGACAAAGCAUUCGAAUCACACACAGAUGCAGCAACAGAAGCCGAAUUCAAACGGCAAACGAUCGGCCUCGUGACUGCCGCCGAAUACCGUCGUCGACGAGAAAACUGCAGCAAUCCUGUCGCCCCUGACGACGAAGUUGUUGCAUCUCAACCACCUGCAAAACGCGCGAAACCCUCGAAAAAGAAGACCGCCAAGCCUCUCUCAUUCUCCAUGGACAGCGACGAUGACGAAGCGCCCAAUCUACCCGUGAAAAAAGCGCUCAAGUGUCCUUUCGUCGAGACAGCAUUCCUCCCCGACAAAGACCGCGAAGAAGAGAUCGCGCGCGAAAAGGUCCGUCUCACGCAGGAAUGGACUGCCGAGCAGGCCCGCAUCAAGGAGGAGAAAGUCAACAUCGUCUACAGCUACUGGAACGGCAGCGGCCAUCGCCAAUUCAUCACGGUCACCAAGGGCACAACGAUCCGCCAGUUCCUCGACACGGUGCGCCAGUCGCUGUCAAAGGAGUUUCAGGACCUGCGCGGUGUCAGCACCGACAAUCUCAUGUACAUCAAGGAGGACCUUAUCAUUCCCCAUCACGUAUCCUUUUACGACAUGAUCGUGACCCAAGCCCGCGGAAAGAGCGGCCCGCUCUUCCACUUUGACGUCCACGACGACAUUCGGCUCGUCAACGACAUCCGCGUCGAGCGGCAGGAUUCGCACCCUGGCAAGGUCACUCAUCGCGCGUGGUACGAAAAGAAUCGCCACAUCUUCCCCGCGAGUCGGUGGGAAAACUACGAUCCUGCUGUGCCUCGAGACGCCCGCUACACGACCAAGGGAGACUAGCACGGGGCAGAGGACCUUGCUUGUAUGUAAAAGAUUAAAAGAAGGGACGGCGAAGCGACGAUCGGCGCGUUAGUCCUCGUCGUCAGCUUGGAUGAACUUGGAGUACGACGUGCGUUCGCAUUCGCCGUUCGCGUCAAACACA